GUAUGUCAUCACUGAUGUAACAACUCUGUGCUGCAUUUUUGGCACAGGAAACAAUCAGUGAACAGGCAUGCAGAGACAACACGCCAUUCUUUUUUUGUUGACAUCACUGUUGGAGUGCAUUUUGACACAAAACCAACCGUGUGUAAACAAGACUCACUGUUCUUCAGAAAACCAAAUUGUCUUUACUGGGACUACAGAAAUCCCUCGUAGUCUGAGACCAGGCAUUACUGAAGUCUACUUUUUGGACAGCCACAUAGAAACAAUUCCCAAAGCAGCCUUUGUUGAAAUCCCCCAUCUGGAAAAAGUGGAGUUCCUGAACACAAACACCUCCGUUAUUGAGCCAGGAGCUUUUGAAGGUCUGGUCAACGUAAAGUACGUUGAGAUCUCCAACACCCCGCUGACAUCUGUGCCAGUAGGCGUCUUUACGGGCCUCAUUAAUCUGGAGAAAAUUAUUUUAAAAUCGAACAAGAUCCGGCAUCUGGAACAAGGCUUGUUUGACGGUCUUAAAAAAGUAAUCGAGCUCGAGUUACAUGGGAAUGAGAUUGCAUCCAUUGAAAAUGGGACUUUUGAUGGCCUCGAAAACCUCACAAAACUCCAUCUGGCUAAAAACCGUCUCACUGCUGUGACAACCACCUGGUUCUCAAAAUUAAAUAAACUGGCUGUGCUUCGGCUUUAUGAAAACCAACUGACUUCUAUACCACAGGACAUUUUGACUAAUUUACCAAAUUUAAAAGAGUUUUCUUUGCGAAGCAACAAAUUAACAGAGCUAUCUGCUAAUCAGUUUCCUCAUAAAGACAAACUCACAAAAAUUUUCUUGGAUGACAAUCUCUUGACAAAUUUACCAGCAGAAUUCUUUGUUGGCUUCCAAAAUCUCAAAACUGUGACCUUGCACAAGAACAAACUAUCAAGACUUCCGCCUCUACUUUUUGGUCAACAUCCAGAUAUGACCGAUUUAAGUUUCAGUGAAAACCAACUGAGCGAACUUCCAAAAGCGAUAUUCAGUCCUUUGAGUAGACUGACCAAGCUAGAUCUAUCCAAGAACCACUUUGCAACUAUGUCAUCUGACUACUUUGAAGGAUUGCACAGGCUCACCGUUUUGAAUCUCCGAAAUAACAAGAUAGACUCCUUGGGUCCAGAUGUGUUUGAAAAGCUUCACUCGCUGAAAUCCCUGGACCUGUCCAGCAACAAUCUCCAAACGCUCCCUGAGAAUAUUUUUGAACCAGUGACACAGCUCUCUAAAGUUUAUCUUAAUGAUAACCCCUGGAAUUGUGACUGUAACCUUUUACAUCUUCAUCACUGGAUAAAGGCAAAUUCUAGGAUUGUUCGUAAGCCAGUUGUCUGUUCCUAUCCAGAAGAUCUUAAAGAACAGGAGAUCAAAUCAUUGGCAGAGGAGCAAUUUAUCUGCCCUACCGUUGGGUUCACAACCACCAAAAUGCCUACAAUGCCUCUCACAACCUUAGUACUAACCACCCCCCUCACAACAACAACGCCAACCACUACUUGGUCAACCACUCCGUCUAUAAGAACUUCUACCACAAUUGCAGCUGAGGAAACAACGACUGAAAGAAAAGCAACAACGCAGCAAACGACAACAAUGACAAUCCUGACUACACCGGUCGUCAGAACAACAGCAAAAGUAACGACCACAGAGACCACCAUUUUAAUAUCAACCUCACCAGUCAGCACGCUUCCUCCACAAACAACCACAAUAACAAAUGGUUUACUCACAUCCAUUUUAACAUCUACACUUACUUUCGCACUGGUAGCAACCACACCGAUAGCAAAUCCAACCUCAGCAGCCAUCACUAUGUCAUUGACUCCACAAAUAACCACAAUGUCAACAGCUUCAUCCACAACCAUUUUCACAACAGCUGUACCCACUAUUACACUGGGAAAAAACACAGUCACAACCUUUUUACCCAGCAAAAAUAGCACAAUUCGAAUCACAACUACACAAUCAACAAUGCCCACAAAAACAGAAACCACCCACCUGACAACGAAAGCGACCCCCGCUCAGAGGACAACGGCCAUUUCUGAACCAACAACUUUGGUCAUUUUAACUUGUCCUAUGCAACCACCUCGAGAGAAGUCACCUGGUAUGAUAUCAUACAAGGACACAAAUCCAGCUAAACAGUGCAAAUCCCAGGCACUCAUGUACAUCGGUCUACUGCUGGUGGAGGUCUCCUGUACUUUUGUGCUGGCUAAAUUCACCUUGUCUCUUUACCGCCUGCUCCAGUGCAGCAAGAGGAUUCAGCACGAGAUCCAACUCACUCACUUCUCCUACAGGAAAGAAGUCAUCUUAAGGCCUGUGUAGGAGAAAGAAACCUGAAGGCUUGAAAAACAUAACCAAUUCUUUGGUUGCUGCUAUAGAUAGGUAAAUUGAUAACCGAGACUUCACUAGAGAUUUUAAUAACAUUGCCCUUAUUCUAACAUUUCUGUUAUAUGAAAUAAUCAUCAUAAAUGUGCCUUGUGAUUGGCUGCCAUCCAGUCCAGGGUGUUGUGCUGAGAAAGUAUGACUCACAGUUCUGAGGUUCUGGAUUCCAGUCUCACUCCUGGCAUUCCUGUGUGGAUUUUGCAUGUUCUCCCCGUGCUUGAGUGGAUUUUGUCCAGGUAGUACGGCUUCCUACCACAUUCCAAAAAACAUGUAUGUUAGGGGUUCUGAAUUCUCCGUAGGUGUAAACAUGAGUAUAAAUAGUUAUUUGUUUAUACAUGCGCUUGUUGCAUGAAUGUAGGAAACCAGCUUGGAUGAGAAACUAAAUGUCUAACCAGAUGUCCAGUUGCAAUCGAUUCAGUGCCGUGAGAAUGAAAUGACCUGGAUGUAAGAGAAUAUUCCCAGGUACCUGACCCAAGUGACAUGGGCAAAAAGAUGAGUAGAUGCUGGUCUGGUCACCGGCCAAUCGCAGGGCACAUGGAGACAGACAACACCCGCACUCACAAUCACACCUAGGGGCAAUUUAGAGUGUCCAAUUAAUGUUCCAUAUUUUUGGAAUGUGGGAGAAAAGUGGAGUGCCUGGAAAAAACCCACACAGGCACUGGGAAAACACACAAACUCCACACACGCGGGCCCAGGAUUUGAACCCUGGUCAAUAGAACCGUGAGCCCAACACUCUACAGCUGUGUCACCGUGCUGUCCUGUUUUCUAAUGAAAUGUAAUUGUUGCUUAAUUGUAAAAUCUGCAUCAAAACAAAUGAAA